AUGAACAGCAAUAUAAGUUGGAAGAGGGAGCUUGUUGCCUUGUGGAAGCACCUACAGCGCAAGAAGACGUGGCUCAUUUCUAUCCCCGCCUUCUACUCGUUUUUCUACGGCGGAACGAUGGGGACUUAUCUUUCUCUACACUUUUCGGUUCGGGCACGCGCAUUGUCCUCUUUGAUCACACCGAGCCUUACUAUCGUUAUGGUCAUCGUCUACGGGAAAAUCUUGGACAUGCGCCGGUGGUCGCAGGCCAAGCGCGCAUGGAUCUCGUUUAUCUUUUGGGUCAUUCCCCAGGCGGCCUGUUUCAUCUGGAUCGGCAUCGAGUACGGCAAGUUCGGCGGGGGCAAGUUGGAAGUUGCCCUUGACUAUGAAACACACACCGCGAGAUGGGCCGAAGCCUACCUUCCUUACCUGAUCAUGUUCUCGACAGGAUACUGGACUCAGCUGUCAUUGUACUGGAUUCUGGGUACCUUCUCCACGGAUGUGGGGUCCUCCUCUCGCUCAGGUGGCUUGUUCCGAGCCUUUGAAACCGCUGGCCAAGCUGUCUCAUAUGCUCUCAACUCCACGAGCGGUGCCGACCCUAGGAUUCCAUUCUAUAUCAACGCCGCUGUUCUGGCCAUUACGAUCCCAUGCAUGGUAUUCCUGAUCCGGAUGGUUCCAGAGGCGCCUGCUACCACAGACAUCGAUGCAGGAGAAGUGGACGUAAUCGAAGGUGCCGCGGAUCCGGAUAGGAAAUAG